AUGACUCGUCGACUGCACGAGUUCAAGGUGGAAAGUGGGACAAGCAUGGCAGAGCAUCCGAACUCUUUUGGUGAGCUGGCAGAGUAUGACUCGAUUUUGGAGAAUGCGAAGGGCAUCACGUUGAUUGAAGUCAAGGAGAAGCUGCUCAAGGAAUCGGAGAAGCUGCAAAGGAAGGGAGCUACGGAGAAAGCGUUCCACGAAAAUGUAAACGCUAGAAGAUUCAAAGGUGGACGGAACAAUGGACGAAAGGGCGGUCCUUCACGCGAAAACGGCGGAUUCAAGGGCAAUUGUUUUAACUGUGACCAAUUUGGGCACAGGAAGUGGAGUUGCCCAGCCAGUAAGAGGUCUGACACCGACGACACGGUGUUUGCUGUUGGUGAAGAAAAGUCUUCAGGAUGGCUGGUUGACAGUGGGGCAACUUUCCACAUGACCCCACAGAGGAAAGACUUGUUUGAUAACAAGGGCCUUGGAACUAGCAUUGAAGCUGCAAUUACAGAUGAGAAGAAUUUGCUCAUUAAAGGAGCUGGCACGGUGAAACUGACUGGAUUGGACGGAAAAGGCAUUCGCAUGGUGCAAGCUCUGCACAUUCCCGGAAUCGACAGAAGAUUACUAUCCGGUGGCAAGCUUGCAGAGAUUGGUAUGAGCGCGGAUUCCUCACGUUCGUCUUGCGUCAUCUGA